GGAAGUGGAGGGAAUAAGUGGGAUGGGAGAUGAAGAAGACAGGAAGGGAGUGAGUGAAAGGAGAUUGUUCUCAGAUGCCAGUAUUUAGACAGUCUGGACUGAAGAGAGUUGUAUCCAGAAAUGGUUGCAUAAGGAAUGGACGCCCCAUAUGAUGGAGCAGAGAUAACAUUGGUAACUGAAGAAAUUGAAGGCUGUUACAGCUGCACAAAAAAUUUUCCACCUAAAAAGAAAAAGAAAUGGAAAGAUCAAAGUGAGGAUGGAGGUAAAAAAAGCAAGAAGCCCAGGCCGGCAUAUUUAUUGUACUAUUAUGACACUCAUUUAAAAGUGCAGCAAGAUUUUCCAAAUUUGCCUCGGUCUGAGAUAAACAAGAAAAUCAGUGAAAGCUGGAGGCGACUCAGUGUUGCUGAAAAGGGUAUUUACCUUGAAAAGGCAAAGCUGGAAAAAGAAGGAAUAGAUCCGAGUGAUAAACUAAUCAAUGCAUCAGCUGGUGCCCCUCCAACUGAUAUUCCAGGAUUCCGUAAAAUUCUUCCUCGUUCCAGUUAUAUUAUAAUUCCCACUUCUAAUCUGCCUGGUGAUGGAAAUGGUCAGCAGCUGGCUCAAUCUCCUACACAGAGGGAAGGUGAAGGCAAUCCAACAUGGCAGACUCUUACCCACGACACUAUACAGAGCCUUUUUACAGGCCCUAUUGACAGUACUGAGGAGAGCAUUGCUAUUGAUGGAAUUACCGAUGAAGCUUUCAUUCACACUGAAACAAUGCAGGAGAUUGUUACAUCGGAGAUGCUUUCUCAAUUUUCUAAUUCUGGAGAUGAUAAAGUGGCAGGAGAACUGACCACCAAUGAGACUUCUUUAGAGUUGACACAUCCUUAUGAUUCUCCUUGUGUUGUUAUUGAAGGAACAUUGAUAGGUGCAGGAAGUGAUGCUUCAGAAAGUGUUGCUAGCUGCACAAACCAGCAAACUGUGGAAGUUAAUCCUGUGAUGGCAGUAUUAUCAGAUCAGAGCAAACCAAGUGGGAAUCUCACUUCUCAUAAAGCUCUCGGACAGGCUGUUUGUAUUAAUAACAAACAGGAUUCAGGGGAAAAUGUUCCAGCAUCGACUACCCAAUUCUUAAUGUUACCGUUGACAAGCAAACAAUCAUCAACAGCUCCAACAAAAAAGCCCAUCUUUGCCCAAAAGACAACCUAUACACGAAGAGGUCGUGGCAGUUGUCCAAAUCCAAACUGUUUGUUUACAUAUGUCACAAGGCACAAACCUCCACAAUGUCCAAAUUGUGGCAAGUGGCUGGGAGGGAAAUGGAUUCCAAAGGGUAAGGAAUUGCAAGUGUUAAAUGUACAUGUGGAAUGUAAUCAAGAGAGGCAAAACAAGGAAACAACAGAUGUGUCUAUCGGCACAAAGGACGCAGCUCAAUCCAGUUUGGAAAGUUCACAGGCAGUGAGCCAGCUUCUCAGUGUGGCUUCAGAAGAUCAAGGGGAGGAGGAACAGCAACAAAUGCAAACUAAUUGGCAACAAACUAUACACGUUGAACCCAAUGAAUCAACUAUAGCAGUGUCCACUGUACAGACGGAGGAACAGGUUCUUCCAGUACAGCUUUGCAGUGCAGCAUCGACUGAUGAGCAUACAGUGGGAGCACGGUCUGAAGUUGUCGUAAAGGAGCCGGAGAUUCUAACAGACCAAACUUCAGGUGUCAGCAACACUGCAAUCAGUGGCUCCCAUGGAGUUAAUAGUAUGAGACCUGGAUCGAGUAUUUGUAGACAAAGUUUACAAGUACGACGAAGGAACAAAACCAAAGGACGAGCAAAAUGCAGCUUAAUGACUGGUGCUGCCCGGUCACGUCCACGUGUUAUUCUGCCAGCAACCCCAUCUAAUACAGCUUCACAGUCUGGGGUCACCUAUAUUCGAGUGGUUACAAUGCCUGUCAAUCAAGCAGAUCCAGCGGAAUGUAAUGUGUCUUCAGCAAGCCAGAAAGCUACAGCAAGGGGUUCCUCGGCAAAGAGCUUAUUGAGUUCUCCUCCUCCAUCAGGUCUAAAACCCAGCACCUUAAAGCAACUGGGGCAUUCUAUUUUGCAUCCAAAUUAUGAAGAGACAGAAGAGCAGACAGGAUUAAAAGUUGCCACAGAGAAUGGGUCACCUCAAACGAGUGCAGUUUCAGUCAAAACCGUGUGCCUGACUCUUCCAAAAACAAACAAAGCCAGCGCUUUUGACCUUGGUUUGGCAACUUGCAGAGGUAAAGGUCGUUGCAAGAAUCCCAAAUGUACAUAUGUCUACAUGAACCGGUACAAACCAGGAGUCUGUCCAAAGUGUGGUUAUGACUUCACAAGGGAUAAACAGGAUGUAAAGCCAUCAAAACCUGUUAUAAACAACGCACUUUCUUUGGGUCUGUUGAAUCCGGAGGAGGGGCUAACCCAGGCCUCAAAGGAUUUACAACGCCAGACUACAUUACUGCUGCUCAGGAGAACAGUUCAGAUCCCUGAGAACGAGGCUGAACUUCAUGAAGUUUUUAGUCUAAUUCAAGAAAUGAACAGCUCAAGGUUGAUCUUGUCAACAGUAAAUGAGACCAUAACACUUGAACAAAAUUCGUGGCCGAAUUACUUUGAAUCUUCAGCCACUAUCUGUGGCUUAUGUGACAGCCAGUUAUUCAAGGGUGGACAGAAUUCAGUAGCUGGUCCUGAGGAAUGCUGGCUGUUGACAGAAAGCCAGUUCCAAGUGGUUAUAGUUCAGGCGAAAAUCUGCUUGAAUCCCCACUGUCUUGCACUUCAUAACUUCACGGACAUCAGCUCAGGCUUAUUUAAUAUCGGAAACAAGCUUUUGGUCAGUUUGGAUUUACUGUUCAAAAUAAGAAACCAUAUCAAGCUUGGAGAAGAUCCAAGGGAUGUGACCACUCCCAUAUUGAACUCUGUGCAAAAAUUCACAGAGAAAAUCUUGUCUGAUGAGCAGCUGAAUCAGCUUCAAGAGCUCCUAUGGAAUGGUUAUUGGGCAUUCGAAUCCCUCACCAUUCGUGACUAUAAUGACAUGAUUUGUGGGAUCUGUGGAGUAGCACCCAAGCUCGAGGUAGCACAGAGAAGCCCUGAGAAUAUUCUUGCACUGAAAAAUGUUGAGUUUACAUGGCCUGACUUUCCUACCUCAGAUGAAGUAAACGUGGAGGAUUUUUGGUCCACAAUGGAGAAUGAAGCCAUAGAGCAAGCAGUAUUUCCAUCCAGUAUCCCUAUCACAAAAUUUGAUGCAUCCAUAAUUGCUCCAUUUAUACCACCACUCCUGAGGGCACCUGUUGUAGUUAAUAGUGAGAAAGAUAAAAACCCUCAACCACAGCCAGUUGCUGGAAAUCCAAGAAUGCUGGUAAGAUUGUUGCACGAUGGAGUUUUCAAACCAGAGGAGCUCAACUCCUACAGUGAAGAUGAAAUAAAAAACUUGCUAAUGUCAUGUGAUAUCCCAUUUCACCCCAAUGACUCCAAGGAACAUCUGUGUUCUUCAUUAUUCGCUUUAUAUUCCUAUGUGCUAGAUGGAUCAACUGCACAGGUCCAACCUCCAUGUGAUGUGACAGGAGGAAAAGUUUAUAAGUUGUGUUUGCAUCAGACCUCGGCUGUCUGUUCUCAAAACAACCGCCACAGAUACUGUUGCUGCUGAAACUGCCAUCUCUCCGUUCUUGCCCCGGUGCCUCGGGAACAUGCCCAGGCAGGAUCCACUCACACCGAGCCAAGACACCGCCAUAAGCCGCCAAGAGACCAACUGACAUACUGCCGAGAAACCAGGCCUGGGACCCGCCACGAGAUGCCAAGAGGCCAGGCUGACAGCCAGCACGAGCUGUCAAAAGACCAGGCCUGGGACCCACCUCAAGCCGCCGGGAGACCGGGCCCGGAGCCACUGAGAGACCAAAGGGGGCAAAAGAGGGAAAGAAACACAAGGAGCGGAGGAGCUCCAGUUGGAGCAGCCCACUCCGCUGCCAUCUCGACUGGAAAUGUGGCUUCGUAAGAACACUUUCUUGAUUCCUGAGCUAUUUUCUUUAAAGCAUCUUCCAAUACGUGAGCUUCUUUGGGAUAAGUACCUCAGGGAGUUCACAUUUUAGUCCUGUAACAACAAAAUGAUAAUUAAAAGUUCUCUCAUUUUGGCCUUACGUUGAGUGAUUUCUUUCAAUAAAAUUACUAUUAAAUCUUCCUUUUAAAACACAGUGGAAAUCUGUCCUAUUUAUCUUGUAGAAAUAGAAUUGGGUUCCAACACCUACAGUAAGGGAGUACUAAAACCUGUUCUUCAAAUUCAAACCUAGUUGUAUGAAUGCUAUAUAGAAUUAUUUUUCUGUAUUGUAAUACCUGUAAUUUUUAACCUACAUUGCUCUGUUUCGUUUUAUGAAAGUUAAAGAGAUAACAUACUUGCAUUUAUGUAGAGCCUUUCAUAUCUACAAGAUGUUUUCAUACCCUUCACAGCCAACGCUUUAAAAUUACUCACAAGCACAGAUGGCAGUCAAUUUGCAAAUAGCAAGCUUUCAAAAACAGCAAAAUUUGGGUCAGUGUUUUUAUGGUUUGCUUUGAGGGGUAAAUGUUGAAUCAUAGAAUCCUUACAGUGUGAAAACAGGCCCUUCGGCC